UUUUCGUCGUUGAGAAAUUGUUAUAUACUUUCUUAUUAUUAUUAUUCAUUUUUUUUUUGUGUCAGUCGAAUGUCUCGGUCGUCCGCAUCCAAGGAGCUCAUCAAUGAGUUGCGUCUGAUCUACGACAAACAUGAUGUGAACCGGACUGGCAAAAUAGAUAUUCGUCAGCUGUAUCAGAUCAUGUUUGACGUAGGUUAUGCGCCCACCGAAGGCGAGGUCCACGAGUUCAUGGCCGAGGCAGAUGAGGAUGAUAGUUCGUAUAUUGGAUUUGAUGCGUUCAUAAAAAUGCUGGCGCCUAAGCUGAACGAGAUGUUUAGCGAGGAGAAUUUGGGCAAAGCCUUCGCAGUGUUCGAUCGCCGCAAGGAGGGCUAUUUCAAUGCACACGAUCUGGUGCUCGUUAUGACCAGCAUGGGUCAAGCGAUUAGCGAAGCGGACAGCAUGAUGCUAAUGGCCGAUAUCUCUGGCGACUAUGAAAAUCGCGUGUAUUUGCAAGCAUUUCUUGAUUACCUGCUCUCAGAUACAGCUGAUAGGAUGCAUCGUUCAUAGCGUUCAUAGCCCAUACAUAUAUACAUAUAUUUAUAAAUUUUCUGUGUGGCAAUAAAAAU